UUAAUCAUUAGUGAUGAUUCAUUACAAUAAUCUUCACCAUUUGUUGUCCAAGUGUAGUAAAUAUUUUAAAGUCGUGUUUACUGAUCCAAUCAGACAAUCUCAACUAAACUGGUCGUUUGGCUUAUUGGAAGUCGGUUAAUCGGACUGUAAAGUUAAUUAAACUUAACUGGUGGCUAUUUAUACGGAUGUUUGUCAAUGUCAAUAGUAAUUUAUGGAUGUGAAUAAUUAACUUCCUUAACUUAUUCUCGUUGGCAUCUCGAGGAAAGUCAUCAAACUUUGGAGUUGUUUGGUCGAUGCCUUGGUAGAGAAAGUUCAAGACGAUGGAGGAAGAUUAGAAACUGGUGAAGGCAAAAGAGGAAGAGAUAGUAAAUUGUGAUCCAGCUAUUUCAGUUGAAUUAUAAACCAUGAUUUUAGGGAUGAAAAGUGAAUGGUUUUUUUGGAGGCAAAAGUAUGAUGAUGACGAGGAAAAUGGUGGAGGAGGAAGAAAGCAAAAAGGAGAACGAAGAAGAAGAGAUUCACUGACGUUCAAGACAAGGAUCCAAGUCAAUCCAAAGCGGAGUAAACCUAUUUAUUACGGUGUUAUUAUUAUUUUAAUUUUAUCCAAGUGUAAUCAAAUUGAUUGUGCUUCAGUGUUUGUGUCUAUUUUAAACCAAUUUAACAAAGGAAUCUUUAUUUAAAUAACAUCCAUUGGAAGGAAGAGUUGACCAAAACAAAAUCAAAAUCGAUGCCUAAACCAGGAUUUGACGUUGAUGAAGACUCUCGUCCAUACCGUCAGAAACGGUAUGAGAUGAUAAUACGGGAAAGUGUUCCCAUUGAAUUGCCUCCUGAUGUUGUAAGGUGUGACUCUAAAGUUGAUGAUGGUCUUGAAAACAUUCAAGUUGAUAUAACAAACAUACGACAACGAUUUGAGUCAGGUUCGGAAGAAAGGUACAUCUCAUCUCCAGUUCCAGAUAAAUCAGCCCUUCAACGAUCUGAAAGUCUUCUUAUACGUUUACAAAGAUACCAAUCAGCAAUAUCAGGUGAAAAGAUGACUGAAAAAGAAGCUGACUCUUGCUCAUCUUCAGGUGAUUCAAGUGACGAAGAAGGUGAAUUACAUUUAGUUCGUGAGACCAAAAGAAAAGAAAAGGUUCCUUUUGUUGGUUUGUCUGCUCUUCGAUCUCAAUGGGAAACUGGUAAAGUUCCUCGAGGUGAAAGUCUUGACGAACCCAUCAGAGAAGAUAAUGGAACCAAAGAUGAACUCUACAAAUUACGACAAAGAAUAUGUCUUGGUCGAUCUGCUUCGAUGAGACAAGUUUAUGAAAAAGGUGGCAACCUGUCUGUUUCACCAUCACCCAAGACUGAAUCCUUGCAUAUUGAAUCAUCUGUUAAAGCUAUCUCAUUGAAAGAAAAAUUUGAAAAAGGACAAAUUGAAAAUGAAACGGACGAAGGACGGUUAGAAAGAUUUAAGAAGGAUAAAGAGGAAGAUCUUAAAUUGGUCACUGAAGCCGAAACUGCAGCCCGUGAAGCCAAAAAUCUAUUCAAACAAAUGGAUGCUACAUUAUCCAAGCAAACAGCUGUUUCACCAGUUAUCCACCAUUAUAAUAACAACAAUAACAACAAUGGUCCUCGCAGUAACCGAGAAACACCAAUUCCUGAGACAAUGCCCUCAAAUAAACCAGUGGAAAUAAUUAAGUGCAGCGAUCCAAGUGUUAAAGAGGAAGUUGUCAUUGAAACAAAAGAGAUUCAAGAAAGAUACAAGUUCUUUGAAUGUUACCAAAAUAAUAUUAACAGUGGAAGUAAAGGUGAUAGUGAGGUUAAUGGUGUCAAAGAAAACGGGUUUGGUAAAACUCGUGAAAUGACUCCACCUCGUAAUGGUGAUGCCUUGGACUGUGGACCAAGAGUUGAAAUUUUACCCGAUGCCAAUAUUGUAAUCUCAAAUAAUGAUGUGAACAAUGAAAUUCCAAAAAUUGAUACAACUUCUAAAAUGUUGAAUAAAUUUAAACAAUUGGAGAAUCAAAUGAACCAAGAAAAUAUCUCACAUAAACCCAUUGGAGGUACACCUAAACCGCUCAAACGCAUCACACCACCAAGAGAGUUCACAAAGGAUGUUAUCGAAAAUGAACCUCAAACCGAACGUGAUCCCAACAUUGUUAAAUCAAGCUACAAGACUGAAGAUGUGAUUCCAGUUGAGCCCAAAUUGGCACGAAGUUUGACCGCAAAAUUUGAAAACUGGUCCCAAGUUGAUGAAAAGGAAAACAAACGCAACUCAAUUAAUGUAGAAGAAGAUGCUUUACCAGCUCAUGGGAUAACUAAAAAUUUGGUUGCCAAAUUUGGAUCUAUUCGUGAUGACAGUCCAACCAAACCAACAGAAAAGACCAAAACUCGAGUCAAUCGUUUUGUGAAUGAAGCCAAUAUUACUGAAGAUUGCUCCGUUUGUGGUAAACGUCUUUAUCCAAUGGAAAAGGUUGAAUUCAGUGACAUGAAAAUGCACAAAAAUUGUUUCAAAUGUAGUCACUGUUUCUCAUCAUUAAGAUUGGAAAAUUAUACGCUAGCCGCAGGUAAAUUUUACUGUAUCGUCCACUUCAAACAACUAUUCAUGGCUAAAGGAAAUUAUGAUGAAGGCUUUGGUGUUGAACAGCACAAGGAAAAAUGGAGGAGUCGGGUUAAUGUAUCACCAACUGUAUCUUCACGAAAUGAUUCACCAAGCUCCGAUUUAGAUUAUGAUGAUGAAUCAAAUGAAGGACUUAAAGAGAGCAAUCACUUUGAUCAAGUUGUUGUUUGAAUUACUCUGGAUAGUGGAUAAAUUAGCAGAGCCAAGCAAACAAAAGACUCGAAAUCGUCAUGAAACAAUCGAAUAGAAGAAACUAUUUUUUAUACUUAUAAAUAUAUAUUUAUGUUUCUUUAGCUGAUCUGUGAACUCAAUUUCAAGCGUUAUCACCAGAAAAACUUGUUGGUCUUUCUAUUUUCACCAAUUCUCACCUUUAAAUUUUAAGUCUCAAUUUUUACUAUUGAAAUUGUCUACGUUUGUCUCUCUAGUGUUGGAGCUUGAAAUUGGACUCACCUACUUUUGCCCACCUUUGGAUUACAAUCAUCAAUUGUUUACUAACACUUUUAUCAGUUGCUCAUCCAUUGGAUACAUUUUUGGAUUGAGUAAAGGAAGAAUCAUCAAGCCGCUUGAAUAACGAGAAAGAAAUUUUUCUUAAUUUUCAUUCAAUUUCUUUGUUUCUUUUCAAUGUUUAUCUCUUUCUCCUUUAAUCAUUAUUUUAUUAUCAUUUAUUACCAUAAAUAUUAUAUUAUAAUUGCUAUUACAAUUGGUUAAAACUCACUUUGCGAAUGAUAUCGUAUCGCUUGUUUACUUCAGUCCAAGUUCAUUUCAAAAAGCUGUUGAGUCAAAUAUUGGCCUCCAUAUUGUACUGAACAACCUCAAUAAUUUGUUGAGUUUCCACUGUUGGAAUGAUAAUUGAUACAAUUGAGUCAAAGGUAGAUUAAGUGCUUAUCUAAUUAUCAGGUGAUUUAUUUAUGUACAUUUUUGACCCAAAGAGAAAUGGCCAUUUCUAUUUCUCUUUGGCUUUCUCCAUCUUCUGAAUCAUUCCCUUUUCUGUUCUUUUUAAUCUUUUAAUAAACUCUUUAAUUGCUUUAAA